AUGAUCGCAAGCACAGUUACUCUUGCUAUUGUGACAAUAUCGCUGGUUCCAUACGUGAGCGCAAACCUCGAAACCAACUACAACGAAGAGGAAGCCAGAUCGCUAGCCUAUUUGUCUGGAGCGGCCUACUCGGGUGAUCCGAAGAAAUGUGUCAAGAAUGUGCUUCCGUCUGAUGAGAAGUGGGAAGUGGUUGAACGGAUAGAAAAAUAUUGCGACAUGAUGUGGAAUACGUGCUCUGCAUAUGUGAUUCGAUCCGAUGUUGCGAAAAAGUUUAUCGUCGUAUAUCGAGGCACCACAACCUCAUCGCAGCUCUUCCUACAGGGCGCGGGGGCAAUUUCCGGAAGGGCACAAUUCUUAGCUGCUGGAAAGGUUCAUCCAUAUUUCGUUAACGGUGUCAAUUAUUUGUGGGAUGAUGUAUCGAAGCACUUAAACGAGACACAAUAUAAGUCGUAUCCAGUGAUGUUCACUGGGCAUUCGUUAGGUGGUGCAAUGGCGUCAAUAGCUGCGAUGAAAACGGUACUUAAGGGAUUAAGAUCGUCAGAUCAGGUCAAAUUGGUUUCAUUCGGUCAACCAAGAGUGGGCGGAAAAGAUUUUGUGGCGAAACACACUGAGCUGGUGCCGUAUAGUUUUCGCGUUGUCCAUAAGCACGAUAUGGUUCCACAUAUCCCGCCAUGCACAAGAGAUGAAAAUUUCGUGGCUGGCAGCGAUGGGAGUAAGCCUUGCGAUACCAAAUCGGAUGGUUUUUAUCAUCAUGGCGUCGAAAUAUGGUACCCGGAAGGCAUGGCCCCAGGAUCGCCAUACAAGGAAUGCUCGGGAGAACCCAAAAAUGAGGACUUUAAUUGCAGUGAUCAGUUUGUGUAUAGUAGCGUUGGGAACAAAAUAAUAGCGGAUCAUGCCAGCUAUUUUGACCGAGUCGUACGUUUUCCAAAUUUUCCGAUAAUUAAUCACCAAAAAUAUUCAAUCAUGAAAAGAGCUAAACCAGUGCACAAUGCAGUCUCAUCACAACUACCUGAAUACGCCAUUGAAUAG